CGCCUGGGUGCCGCCAGUUCCCCCGCCUUCCUUUUCCUUCGUGCUGAGGCGGGUGGCAUGGCGGAGAAGGAUGACACCGGAGUUUGACGAAGAGGUGGUUUUUGAGAAUUCUCCACUUUACCAGUACUUACAGGAUCUGGGACACACAGACUUUGAAAUAUGUUCUUCUCUGUCACCAAAACCAGAAAAAUGCACAGCGACAGAGGGACAACAAAAGCCUCCUACAACAGCCCUUCCAAAACGAGGUGUCCUGUUAAAAGUGGCUGAAACCAUCAAAAGUUGGAUUUUUUCUCAAUGCAGUAAGAAAGAUGAUUUACUUCACAAGUUGGAUAUUGGAUUCCGACUCGACUCACUACAUACCAUCCUGCAGCAGGAAGUCCUGUUACAAGAGGAUGUGGAGCUGAUUGAGCUACUUGAUCCUAAUAUCCUGUCUGCAGGGCAACCUCAACAACAGGAAAAUGGACACCUUCCAACACUGCGCUCCCUGGCAACUCCUAAUAUUUGGGAUAUCUCAAUGCUGUUUGCCUUCAUUAGUUUGCUUAUUAUGCUUCCCACUUGGUGGAUUGUAUCUUCCUGGCUGGUAUGGGGAGUGAUUCUGUUUGUUUAUCUGAUCAUAAGAGCUUUGAGAUUAUGGAGGACAGCCAAACUACAGUUAACCCUAAAAAAAUACAAUGUUCAUUUGGAAAAUGCAGCAACAAAUAGCCGAGCUUUUACUAAUCUUGUGAGAAAAGCUUUACGUCUCAUUCAAGAAACUGAAGUCAUUUCCAGAGGAUUUACACUGGUCAGUGCUGCUUGCCCAUUUAAUAAAGCGGGACAGCAUCCCAGUCAGCAUCUCAGUGGCCUUCGGAAAGCUGUCUACAGAACUGUAAGAGCCAACUUUCAAGCAGCAAGGCUGGCUACCCUAUAUAUGCUGAAAAACUACCCCCUGAACUCGGAGAGUGACAAUGUAACCAACUACAUCUGUGUGGUACCUUUUAAGGAGCUGGGCCUUGGACUUAGUGAAGAGCAGAUUUCAGAAGAGGAAGCACAUAACCUUACAGAUGGCUUCAGCCUGCCUGCAUUGAAGGUUUUGUACCAACUCUGGGUGGCACAGAGUUCAGAAUUCUUCAGACGGUUAGCCCUGUUACUUUCUACAGCUAACGCCCCUCCUGGGCCCUUACUCACUCCAGCACUUUUGCCUCAUCGUAUUUUAUCUGAUGUGACUCAGGGUCUACCUCAAGCUCACUCUGCCUGCUUGGAAGAGCUUAAGCGCAGCUAUGAGUUCUAUCGGUACUUUGAAACGCAGCACCAAUCAGUACCCCAGCGUUUAUCCAAAACUCAGCAGAAAUCAAGAGAACUGAAUAAUGUUCACACAGCAGUACGCAGCUUGCAGCUCCAUCUGAAAGCAUUACUGAAUGAGGUAAUAAUUCUUGAAGAUGAACUGGAAAAGCUUGUUUGUACUAAAGAAGCACAAGAACUAGUGUCAGAAGCUUAUCAAAUCCUGGAACAGAAAUUAAAGUUGAUUCAGCCCCACGUUCAAGCAAGCAACAAUUGCUGGGAAGAGGCCAUUUCUCAAGUGGACAAACUGCUACGAAGAAAUACCGAUAAAAAAGGCAAACCUGAAACAGCAUGUGAAAGCCCACGCUGUACUGUGGUACCUGUGCUGCAGCCUACUCUACACAUUGCAGACCAAGAUCCCAUCCCUGAGGAGCAGGAAUUAGAAGCUUAUGUAGAUGAUAUUGAUAUGGACAGUGACUUCAGAAAGGAUGACUUUUAUUACUUGUCUCAAGAAGACAGAGAGAGACAGAAGCGUGAGCAUGAAGAAUCCAAGAGGGUACUCCAAGAAUUAAAAUCUGUGCUGGGAUUCAAAGCAUCAGAGGCAGAAAGGCAGAAGUGGAAGCAGCUUCUAUUUAGUGAUCACGCUGUGUUGAAAUCCUUGUCUUCUGUAGACCCAGUGGAACCCAUAAGUAAUUCAGAACCAUCAAUGGAUUCAGAUAUGGGGAAAGUUGGUAAAAAUGAUACUGAAGAAGAAAAUAGUAAACCCUCCAUAACUGAUGAUGAAAUAUGUAGUAGGACUGAGUAUUUAUGUGAAAACCCUCUAGAUGGUAAAAAUAAAGACAAUUCUACAAAUGAAGUCUCCCUGCAAGGAGCUGAAGAAAGAGUGUGUUAUCACUGUGAAAGUGAAGAUGACUCUCCACAGGCAGAUGUUGGUGACCUGCCCACUGCCCACCCAGUUCCCAGGGAUUCACCACAUCCCUCCAUUAAGCAGAGGCUGGCACGGCUGCAGCUGCCACCGGAUUUUACCUUCACUGCUGGCCUCGCUGCCGAAGUGGCUGCUCGAUCUCUCUCCUUUACCUCCAGGCAGGAACAGACUUUUGGUGAUGAGGAGGAAGAACAGUUAAUACAAGAAAAUAAAAGUGAGGUAGAAGAAAAGUAAGAACCAAGAUUUACAUGAAGGAUUUUUAACUGUUCCUUUUAUGAAAGUGUUUUUUAGCUUCGAGACUAGAUAUUACACUGGAAAGGGAAAUUAAGUGUGAGUUUACUAUACAUAAAGCUAAGGUGUGACUUUACAGGAAGAACCCUGGUUUGAACAACUGAUCUGAAAUUAGCAAUUACCUGUAUGGCAGAUCUUUUAGGAAAAUAUGAGAAAGGUAAGGGCUCUUUUGAAUAAACUGCUGUUUUAUUUGCAGCACAACUGAUCAGUCUUGGAAAUUCUUUAAGUACUUUUAAUAACAAAUGAAUUUAUCAUUUCUUGCCAGAAUUUGCUACCACAAGAUGACUGGGAUAAUUCUGUUGCAAGAACAUUAACAUUUAGUAUGACUCCUUUUUACUAUUUUCUCACAGUUAAUAACUGCAGCUAUUAUGUUAGUAACAGGUUGUUUGUAUUUUAUUUUUGUUUAUACCAAGUCUUAAAACAAAGAUACAGGCUAUGAAUAAAAAAACAGUUCUCAUGCAA